AUGGUUGAGAACAAAAGAAUAACGUCUCUCGAAGCCAAAAUUAUUGAUAUGGCUGUUAGGGCCAAAAGCGUGGAAUUUAUUGAUACAGGACAGGAGGCGAACACUGUACGUAAGCCCCCUGAGGAACAAGUACAUGAAGAAACAAUAGACCAAAGGCUAGAUGCUAUCUAUGACGAUGAGCCUUUGGGAUUCGAGAAAGAUCCAAGAUCAUCAAGCGCAAAGAUGUUAGCACAGGACCCACUAGAAGAGAUUGAUCUCGGAGAUGGAACCACAAAGAGAGCCACAUACAUCAGCGUUAAACUGGACCCCAAGAUGAAAAACAGGUUAGUAGAAUUGUUAAAACAAAAUAAAGAUUGUUUUGCUUGGGAAUAUGAUGAGAUUCCUGGUUUGAAGAGAGAUCUGGUCGAAUUAAAACUGCCUAUUAAGGAUGCAACUCCUAAAGAUGAAUACCCAAUGCUCGUGGCAGAAAUGCUAGUUGACUCAGAUGCAGGAUAUGAGUAUCUUAGCAUGCUUGAUGGUUAUUCCGGGGCAACAUACCAACAAGCAAUGAAUUCUAUUUUUCAUGAUUAUAUCGAAACCUUCAUGCAGGCUGGAGAUUUUCUGGGCUUCGUGAUCCACAAAAAGGUGAUAGAGAUUAAUCAGAAUAAAACAAAGGCUAUUAUGGAGACCAAAGCACCGUCAAAUAAGAAAGAGUUGCAAUCUUUAUUAGGGAAGAUAAAUUUCUUGAGGAGAUUCAUUUCAAAUUUAAGUGGUCGAAUCCAAGCCUUUUCUCCUCUUUUGCGUCUGAAGCAUAGAAAUUUUGAGUGGACAAGUGAACAUCAAGAGGCAUUCGAAAAGAUAAAGCAGUAUAUGAUGAAUCCACCUAUCUUGUCACCACCAAAUGGAAAGAAGCCUGUGAGACUGUAUAUAUCAGCUUCAGACACUUCUAUAGGUAGUAUGUUAGCGCAAGAAGAUGAAAAUGGCAUCGAGAGGGCCAUAUAUUACCUAAGUAGGGUAUUAAAUGAUGUAGAAACUAGAUACACUUCGAUAGAGAAGUUGUGCCUAUGUUUGCAUUUUUCAUGUACUAAACUUAAAUAUUAUAUAAAGCCAAUAGAUUUAUAUGUCUCCUCUCAUUUUGAUGUUAUCAAGUACAUGUUAUCUAAGCCAAUAAUGCACAGUCGAAUUGGAAAAUGGGCUCUUGCCCUAACUGAGUACUCUUUAGCCUUCAUGCCUUUGAAAGCUAUGAAGGGGCAAAUAGUGUCAGAUUUUAUAGUAGAUCACGCAGUGGUUGAGACUCCUCAACUCCUUGUUGAGUUGAAGCCUUGGAGACUAUUUUUCGACGGUUCCACCCAUAAAGAAGGCAUUGUAGUUGGGAUUCUAUUGAUUUCGCCUGAUGGAAUUCCAAUAAAACUUAAGUAUAGAAUCGAAGGGCCUUCAUGCUCUAACAAUGAGGCAAAAUAUGAAGCCUUGAUAGUAGGACUUGAAGCCUUAUUGGAAUUGGGGGAAACCAGGGUCGAAAUCAAGGGUGACUCAGAAUUAGUAAUCAAGCAAUUAACGAAGGAGUAUAAAUGCAUCAAGGAAAACGUGAUCAUGUAUUUCGUUAUUGCAAAUAGUUUGCUUAAAAAAUUCGAAUACAUAGAUAUAAAACACGUCCCUAGAAUCAAAAAUCAAGAGGCUAAUGAUCUAGCACAAAUAGCUUCAGGAUAUAAGAUCUCAAAGGAGAAGCUAGAGGAAUUGGUUGAAAUAAGAGGGAAAGCAAGGGCAACUAAGCUAUCUCCAAGUGACUUGGACAGAAAUUGUUUGGGUUAUGCUAAUGAAGAAGAAUUCGAAGUAUUGGCCAUUGAUGCUCUAACAAACACAGAUUGGAGAGUUCCAAUUAUAGAAUAUUUUAAAGAUCCUUCAUUGAACACGGACAGGAAAACCAAGUAUAGAGCUUUGUCGUACGUUUUGAUGGGAAAUGAGCUAUUCAAGAAAACGCCAGAAGGCAUUUUAUUAAAAUGUUUGGGUGAGAACGAAGCGUACUUAGCAUUAUCUAAUGUUCAUAGUGGAACAUGUGGGGCACAUCAAGCAGGUCAUAAAAUGAAAUGGUUUCUUUUCAGAUAUGAAAUGUAUUGGCCCACCAUGCUGAAGGAUUGUAUAGAAUUUGCUAAAGGUUGUCAAGAAUGUCAAAUACAUGCAGGAAUCCAACAUGCUCCUGCAAGCGAACUCCACGCAAUUAUCAAGCCAUGGCCAUUUAGAGGUUGGGCUUUAGAUUUAAUUGGCGAGAUUCGACCUGCUUCAUCUAAAGGACAGAAGUACAUUCUUGUUGGAAACGACUAUUUUACUAAAUGGAUCGAAGCAGUGCCUUUGAUAAAUGUAGAUCAAGAAACGGUCAUAGAAUUUAUUCAAAGACAAAUAUUAUAUAGAUUUGGAAUCCCGAAAACUAUAACAACAGAUCAAGGAUCAGUAUUUACUGGUCGAAAGAUGCAAGAAUUCUCAAAAGAAAUAGGAUUUAAGUUGCUUACAUCUACGCCUUACUAUGCCCAAGCUAACGGACAAGUCGAAGCAGCGAACAAAGUAAUCAUUGGUUUAAUAAAGAAACAUGUAUGA